GUUGGCCCUGUAGCCUCGCCCCCGCCGGCACCGGCCGGCCGUAGCGCGGUCACCAUGCUGCCGCCCGCACCCUCCAGCCUCGGACUGCUGCUGCUGUUGCUCCUGUGUCCGGCGCACGUCGGCGGGCUGUGGUGGGCUGUGGGCAGCCCCUUGGUCAUGGACCCAACCAGCAUCUGCAGGAAGGCCCGGCGGCUGGCGGGGCGGCAGGCUGAGCUAUGCCAGGCUGAACCGGAAGUGGUGGCUGAGCUAGCCCGGGGCGCCAGACUGGGGGUUCGAGAGUGCCAGUUCCAGUUCCGAUUCCGUCGAUGGAACUGUUCCAGCCACAGCAAGGCUUUUGGGCGCAUCCUGCAACAGGACAUCCGGGAGACAGCCUUCGUGUUUGCCAUCACGGCCGCGGGCGCCAGCCACGCUGUCACGCAGGCCUGCUCCAUGGGCGAGUUGUUGCAAUGUGGCUGCCAGGCGCCCCGCGGGCGUGCCCCGCCUCGACCCCCAGGCCUGCCAGGCACGCCUGGGCCCCCGGGCCUCACCAGUACCUCAGAUGGCAGCGCCGCAUGGGAGUGGGGAGGCUGUGGUGACGACGUGGACUUCGGGGACGAGAAGUCUAGACUCUUUAUGGACGCUCGGCACAAGCGGGGACGCGGAGACAUCCGGGCUUUGGUGCAGCUGCAUAACAACGAGGCUGGCCGGCUGGCCGUCCGGAGUCACACCCGCACCGAGUGCAAGUGCCAUGGGCUGUCCGGCUCCUGCGCCUUGCGUACCUGCUGGCAGAAGUUGCCCCCGUUCCGUGAAGUGGGCGCGCGGCUGCUCGAGCGCUUUCACGGCGCCUCGCGUGUCAUGGGCACCAACGACGGCAAGGCUCUGCUGCCCGCGGUGCGCACCCUCAAGCCGCCCGGCCGCGCAGACUUACUCUACGCCGCCGACUCGCCUGACUUCUGCGCCCCCAACCGGCGCACGGGUUCGCCUGGCACGCGCGGUCGCGCCUGCAACAGCAGCGCCCCGGACCUGAGCGGCUGCGACCUGCUGUGCUGCGGCCGCGGGCACCGCCAGGAGAGCGUGCAGCUGGAGGAGAACUGCCUGUGCCGUUUCCACUGGUGCUGCGUCGUGCAGUGCCACCGCUGCCGAGUGCGCAAGGAGCUCAGCCUCUGCCUCUGACCGCUGCUCGCCAAACAGCGCGCAGCGCCUCUUGGGCCCUUGCGGAACCUCUGUGAUCCAGCAGGGGGCGCUAUCCCGGGCCCAGCUUCCCGCGGCGAAAGCCAGAGACGCAAGCCCACCCUGGAAGGCUCAGGGCACCAGAGGCACCCCCCCUGAGAGGCACUUUGGGGACUUGUAGGGGAGACUACACAGCCUCCUGGUCUCUCCUUCGCUCCCAGAUGCCCAGAUGGAAACCAAAGAGUCAGUCUCUAGGCCUCUGGUUGUUGGGCUCCUCAGAACUGCUGGCCAUGAGGUUCGUGGGUGAGUUUAGUAUCA